AUGAGGAGUUCCCAGCAUCAGCGAUGGCCGUAUUCGCCGCAGCAGACCAGAGCCCCGUGCUGAGGACACAUCUCCUGUCACGUGACUGCACGUCAAUAAAACAAAACAAAUUGGUCAGUCACUGGAAACAGAUUUACUUUAAAAAGCGUAUAACGGGUAAAGAUAGCGGGCAUGUCCGCACGUUCGUCCCUGUCGUCGGGAUCAGGGCGGUUGCCGGGCGCCACCGACAUCAUCGACCUGGACCGCUACAUGCGCGCCGCAGUACGACCCGGCAUCUCGCCCAGACACGACCGACGCGAACGCUUGGUAGUGGACGCUGGCGGGUUCGGUCGCAAGGCGGGCCGCGGGCCCCUUGCCAGCAACGCCAGCAGCAGCAGCGCGACCGCCGGCAGCAACAGCGAUCCUCCGCAUAUGAAGCGCUUCUCCCACGACUCCGGCCUCUCCGACGGUAGCAACCCCCAGCACAGGCAUCGCUCGCACAGACGGGUGAGCGGAGACGUAACAACGCAUAGGUGUAGAGAAUCGGCUCGUGGGCGGGGGUCGGCGUCGUCAUUGCUCGCGUUCCGCGCGGCCUGCGAGAGGGCUCUGCGAGAACAGCAGGAGCAGAUCGCCCGCGUUGCGCAACUAUGCGAGCGGCUCGGGGAGCGCCGAAAUGAACGCCGCAACGAGAGGCACAGCGAAAGACGCAACGAGCGCCGGACCGAACGAGUAAAGUGCGUCAGACCAAAGCCGGAACGACCGAAGGGGGAUCGAUCGAAACCGGACCGGUCAAAGCCCGAACGCUUGAAACCGGAACGCUCGAAAUCAGAGCGACCGAAGCCGAAGCGACCGAUACCCGAGUGUUCGACCACGAGCAUCGAAUCUAGCAAUAUUUCAUCUAGUAGCCGUAGUUCAAGGGAACGUCAUAAGGACAAGCAUCGGACGGACGAAUGCAAAACGUAUAAGAUAAUAAUGAACAAACUGGACGAGCUGAGUCGUCUCUUCGCGGCGCGUCGUCCGAUGGCUCCGUUGACUUUAAGCACAAAGCCAAUGACGUUGUACCGUGACGGGUUUUCCUCCGGUUCUGUCUCCGUGUCGGACAAGAUAGUGGCAACCGAGCCCGAUCUCCACACUUGCAUAACAUCGAGGCAACUAUCUCCCACAGUUCAGAUAUUGCUAACACCACGUCCGACGGAACGGAAGGUGGAUCUGCAAAUACAAACGAAAGCAACGGGCACGACGCCGAUACCGUCGGGGGAGCAGGUGCGUCAAAAAGAUCGGAUGUUACGCGGUGAGCGGCGGAGAGAAGUGAGGCCGUGCGAGAACCGCAGGCUAGCCGUCACUAGAGCUCACUUCCUAGAAAUAGCACCGCUGCAAGAGAAGCGGCCUAAUGUAGCUACAGAAAGGGUUGUACAGCGUGAUCUCAAUUCAGAUUGCAACACAACACGCAAUCAAUUGACCAGUUUCGAUCUGGAUGAUCCACUCUCAUUUUACGCGCAGGCAAAGCGUCUACAGGCACUUUACGCGGAGCCGCGUCGGGCUCGGAGUGAGGAUCGCGAGCUGCGCAACGAGAGGACGUACGAUAUGAGGGGCUUCAGUGUAGGGGGGCGUUUCGCGGAGCGGCUGGGCAAGGAGUCCCUCUGCGCGCGCUGCAGGGUAUACUGGCGCGCGUUCAGGGACUGCUUCACCACACAGCUGUUCUGCAGACCGGGGCGCGCGUGCGCCUGCUAACAUAUAUCAUAUACAUAUCUUGUAGAAAAUAUAUUAUUUAC